AUGCCACCACCACCAAAAGUUUACGGCCAACAACAACAACCUUCGAACUGGGAAAAGUUCAAGAUGGGUUUGAUGAUGGGUACUACCGUUGGUGUUUGUACUGGCAUCUUAUUCGGUGGUGUUGCCAUUGUUACACAAGGCCCAGGUCCAAACGGGUUUGUGAGAACCUUAGGGCAGUACAUCGCUGGUUCUGCUGCCACUUUUGGCCUAUUUAUGAGUAUCGGUUCUGUCAUUAGAAGUGAUGGAACUUCCGACAACUCCCACAACAAUGGUUUCUACCAUAGUAAGAUGGCCGAAUUGCAACAGAGAUCAAGAUUUGAAGUAUGGAAAGCUAAACAAACUUAUGGUUUGUACAAGGAUUAA